UAUUGAAGAUACAAUAAAUCCUUACUUCAUCGUUUUCAAACGUUUGUUCCACACACGCUCAACUCCGUGGCUGUGUAAUUCUUUGAAGCUGAUCUAUGAGCCAUAUUGCAGCUUCAUUUUUCCGUGUAUGUAUAUGUAGGGAGACAUAAAUCAAUGAGUAAUAAAACAUUAACCAGCAGUGGGGUGCCUGGAAGCCGUUGAGCUACAGCCGUCUAUCCAGGAGCUACAUCGCUUAAAAUUAUCACCAGUCCAAACGUGGGUUUGGUCAACGUGGAGAAUAUGAAGCUUCGUCCUUCACUGCUGAUGCUGCUCUGUUUACUCAGACAUGGACUGAUGGAUGAAGUUUCUCCUGAGAACACCACUCUGGUCAGCUCUCUUCCAUUUAAUGGCACCAGUACUCCACACCAGGUUACGAAGGACUGCAACUUGAGGCUGGAGACUCGGCAGGCUCUCGGUGGCACUAUAGCUCAACUGGGGCUAAAGCUAUUGGAGAAUCUGCAGCCUGGGCCUGAACAACCUAACGUGGUUCUGUCUCCACUGAGCAUUUCUCUUGCUCUUUCGCAGUUAGCUUUGGGCGCGAGGAACGAGACCAAGGAGCGACUGUUAGGAGCUUUACAUGCGGAUUUGUUAUCUGACUAUUAUGAAGUUUUAAGCUGCCUCCAAGAUCAACUGAUUGUCAAGGCCAUUAAAGUGGCCUCUCGUAUCUACCUCAAACCAGGCUUUGACCUGAAGAAGGACUUUCUGGAAAGAUCCCUUCAACUGUUCAGAUCCGCACCCACACCGCUCACUUCAGUAGAUGAAGUUAACCAGUGGGUCGAGGAGGCUACUGACGAUCACAUCAAGAACUUUUUGUCCGUUCUUCCACCCAAUGUGGUCUUGAUGCUGAUAAAUGCUGUUCACUUUAAAGGGGAGUGGAAGUCUCGCUUUGACGCUCGCUUUACCACCAAAGAUCUUUUCUACAUUGACAGACAGACGUCUGUAAAGGUGGACAUGAUGAUGGGGUCCAAAUAUCCUCUCAGCAUGUUUGUGGAUGGAAAGCAAGGCAUACAGGUUGCUCGAUUCCCUUUUCAGGGAAAUGUAAGCUUUUUGGUUGUCAUGCCCAUGCCAUCACAGAAUUUGUCACGAGCAGCUGCCAACCUUAACAUCUCCGAUCUGUAUGAACGACUGCCAAGUGAGAUACCGAUGCUGGUCAAAUUGCCCAAGUUCAAACUAGAAUAUAAACAGGAUUUGCAACAAGCACUCACAAGCAUGGGAUUGGGUACACUAUUCUCUGGACCUGAUCUAUCUGGUAUUGCCGAGGGUCCACUUGUAGUCUCGGGUGUGCAGCAUGCCUCCAGCAUAGAGCUGAACGAGGAGGGAGCUGAGGCCUCGGCUGCUACAUCAGUCACUCUGGUCCGCACCAUCCCCAUUUUCGCAGUCAACAUGCCAUUCAUCUUUGCUGUCGUGGAUGACGUCUCGCACACACCUCUCUUCCUUGGUACCGUCACCAACCCGAAUCCCGGAGCAACUGCCGAGUUAAGCGAUGACCCAGAAACCUUUGGUUUUUUGAGCAACAACAUGCCAAGCGAUACGCCGCAGAAUGAUCACCCGUACUGGGAUAACAUGCUGCAUGAUGAGUCUCAGUGAACGAGGAAGCAAAGGAACUCCCCAAACAUUAGAAUUGGGGGGAUAUUUGGCCUGAGAGGAGCACAGAAAACACAUGGACCUCUCUCAGUCACACAGUGUACCUACACAUGCACGUUUUUAUAAUAUGAUCAACCGUAAUGACACAGGACUUGGAUUUGAAAACUAGCUAGAUAUUUAAACUAGCUAAUGACUUUACACAAACGUUACAGUUUUAUAUUCCCUUUGUAAUGAAACCUAAAUCAUGUAUACAAUGUUUUAUUUCCCACCCCAUUUUUGUUUGUGCUUUUUUCUUCCUUUUUUCUUCUUUCUUUGGUCAUUGCAAACUGCAUGUUGUCAGGAGGUUGAGGUGAUGUAGCUUUUUCUCCUUCUCUGGUCUAAACCGUAGCAAUUAAAAUAUCACGUUGAAAAAAGUGUUCUCAUUUUCCAUCUCUGUAAAUUACAAUAUUACUGAAAAAUCGAAAACCUUUUUUGAGUAUGGAUUUCUUGUCGACUUUUUUAAUUGUAUGUAGAACAGAAUUAAAGAUCAGAUCUAAUAAAUAAUUAGACACCUGUCAACAUUCGUAAUCUAGAGGGCGGAAUUUUAAUGGCGCAUUGUAAUUCGCUUUAUUGUUUUGAAUAACCCAUUUACAUGGCUAGAAAUUCGUAUUAAUCUAUGUAAUUAAAUGAAUAGUUUUCAAUACAGU